AUGUACGGGGACCCCCUAUGCACCGAACCCAAUACGUUCAUUCCCCAUAUGACCGUCCUGGUUGGAACCCUCGGUUCUGCAUCAUCUCGGGGAACCAGCUGCUCAUGCUGGAUGAGGAUGAGAUACACCCCCUUCUGAUCCGGGACCGGAGGAGCGAGUCCAGCCGCAACAAACUGCUGAGACGCACGGUCUCCGUGCCGGUGGAGGGGCGGCCCCACGGCGAGCAUGGUACGGCGGCCGAGCAGGCUCGUGCCCCGGACAGUCGCUGGGAGCGGGCGGGGGCGGAGAGCUGCCGUGAUCCCGAUCCCGAGGACAGGGCGCCCUCGUCCGGGCUGCGCGGGGUACCGGGGCUGUUGGUGAGCGGCCCCCGCGUGUCCCUGCGCUGCUUCGCUCCCCAUUUCCUCUCCAGCAGCGAAGUUUGAGUGCUUCCCGGUGCCUGUAAAAAUAGUCUGCUUAGAUCUUUA